AGCACGACUUCUCAAAAGUCAAAACAAUAUCAAAAUUUAUUUGUUUUGUAAUUAAUUUGUUGUAAUAAACAAGGACAAUAAACUAUAAAAAAUGAAGUAACGUAUAAAAAUAUAAAAACAAUUUCACAAAUUGAGAAGUUGCCAAAUAUUUAUCACACAAUCAUGGAUGGCUUAACACAAAAUGAAAAGAUAAUUUGGAAUUCAUGGGAGCAAAAGUCUGCUCGAGAUGUUGUUCGUGAAGCAGCAGCUAAGGGAACUCACAUAAACCUAGCUAUAAAAUAUUUAAUCUACAAGAAUUCCUGGAAUGAGACAGUAGCAAAGGAUUGGUUUAUAGCAGAGGUCAAAUCAUGGACAGUUCAACUACUUAUGCGAAAGCAAAUAUUUAAAGUGUUGCAUCUGUUGAACAAAGUUGACAUUAACCCUGAGGAUCAUUUAAUGACAUUAGCACAGACAGCAACAGAAAUUGAAUAUAGAGACUUUUUAGUUGAACAUUUGCAAAAGAUCACUAAGGAUAUGAAAAGUGAAAAUAUUGCUAGAUGGGAAAAUUUUCUUAGACAUUGGAACUUGCUGCGUUACCUUGAAAAGUCUUUUGAAGUAGAAGGAAAGUUCAAACAAAACAAAGUAUUUGGUACCGGCACUGACAGAGUAUUUGUUAAUGAAAGUGAAAUUAAAGAAUUAACAAUAGAAAAAAUUGAAAAGUAUUCUUCUGAUUGGAAAUCUAAUGUUGCUACAGCAUUGUUUUUUGAUGUAUUUGAAUUCUCACUUCUGGAAUUUACAUCAGCAACAAAAGCUUGGACUUUUCUUAUUCAGAACAAUAAAGCAAUGGUUUUAGUACGCUGGAUCAAUGUACAAAUGUCUGAAGUUGUGAGAGAUAUGAACACCCGUUACUCAUUCUUUAGCAACGAAAACUUUGAACGUAAACUUUUGAAUGUUGAUGCAAAAGGCCUAAGUGGCAGUCUGUUAGAAAAUUUAGAUGUAAUUUUUCGAAAAUGGUCUAUCACUAAUGAAAUGAUUGAGUAUGUUGCUAAUAGUAAUUGCUUUUCAUACACGAAAAUGUGCGUGUAUGAUACAUUAUCUUCAUACGGCAUUAUUAUUGAAAAUGAAAAAAGGAACUUAAAUCAAAUCAUAGAGAGGCUAUCUAGAACCCAGACAUUAAAGAUAGUUGAUGAUGUGUUCAAUGAAUCCUGUGCAACAAUUACAAUUCAAGAUUUUUAUCUGGAACUAGCGAAGUAUUUUGUAACUCACAAGUUGUAUAAAGCGCUAACAGUAUGUAUUGACAGUCAAGUGUUGAAUACAGAUCUUUCAGCUGUAGAAGGUGAUGCUAAAAAUUGUAUUGAACUUUGGUUGUUAUUUAAAAGUAUCGAGCAAACUUCGGAUCGGCAAAGUCAUGUUGUGCCUGUGUACAAAACCUGCCAACAAAUAGCAAAAGAUGAUAUUGAUAACUAUAUUUCGUCAAACGCACUGCUCUUUAUUGGAAUGAUUCUGUUAGAAGACAAUGCAAGUUUGUUCGAUAUAUUUUUGAAAGAAGGUGUUCUAGAAUUCAAAGACGUAAAACUGUUAAACAAAGGUUAUAAACAAAAACUGCCACAUAUGUAUAAUGUCUACAAGAAAUUUAGUGACACCAACAAUAGAUACGAAUGUAGAGAUGUCAAUGUAUAUCAGUUACUAUCAGGAUAUAGGGGUUUGGAUAUAUCAAAAAUAUUUGAAUUCCAACUAAUGAAUAAGAAUUCUAAUAUAUCGUCGGACAAGUCGGAUCGGCGCAGUUUGGGAAGUUUGUUGCUGAAUGACGUCGAUAUUAGUGAAAUGAAGUCCCUUGCGCAAAGAUCAAUAGAAAUGCCAGAUUUUGCCAAUGACAAACUUAUGAAGAAGUAUGGGUAUGACGCGAAGUUAAAUCACAUGUACUACCUGAGACAGUACAGGCCGUGUAAUGCUAGCCAAGCGUUUGUCACCCAGCAGUAUCAGUUAUACAAUCGUAUGCAAGACAAAGGGAUCAAAAGCGCUUGCUGCGAAGCUCAUGCGUUGGCUCUGCAGAAUUGGUCCGAUCCAUCAAUGACGGCAUGUGCAAUAUCAUUUGUUGCAAUGAUAGGGUGUAAUCCAACUAGAUGCAGAGUUCACAUAUCAGCAGCAACAGCUAUUAAAAAGUAUCUUGUAAAACACAAGGGCUAUAUCGAGGUAGAAGCAACCAGGGAAGUCACCGAAUUGAUGCUUAACCUGGUUCAAGGUCAUGAUGACACGGCAAAAUGUAUUCUUAAAUAUUUAGAAGAAAUUAUGGUCCAAAAAUUUAGGGAAAUGCGCGAUGGCGAUGAUAAAAACGUUGAUAUGUCAUUUGUACUUUAUGAAUCACAAGCUAUGGUCAAAUUUGCUAUACUUCAUAAUUUACCAUUACCAGAGAUGGUGUUACAAGAGAUUGUCAAGGAAAAUUCCUGGUUUAAUUUUUUACUUUUUGGAGACGUCUUUAGGUAUCCGCUAAAUCAAAUGCUUAACCUUUCUCAAGGAUUUAGCAACAGAGCCUACGCUGAACAUCUAAAGCACAUAAUGUUGCAUAAAACUACUGAAGACGAUAACAAUCAUAGACAGACGACAACCAAUGGACAGAGAAGAAUAAUGCGCUUGAGUUCCACAGAUACUAGUCCAAGUCAUAACGUGGCAUUCGAGUUCCCAUCUAACUCCUACAUGGGUCGCGAGUUAUGGGAGGUGGCGGCCGCUUGUCACGGACCCGAAGAUCCGCCGGCGGCUCUGCUACGGGCAGCAGAACAUUACAGAGAACCACUUCUGGUCCUUAUUGCCAGCUGCUAUGAGCCGAACGCUGUGGACGUUCUCUGGUCCCACUGGAUAUUAUCCUCAAUAGAAGUCCGCUCAUGUAGCAGAGAAACGUUGCUGGGAGAGAUAACUGGUAAAACUCCGGCGCAAGUCCUACACAGAAUUUCGACAUUGUGCCUCCACGAGGGAUAUAUGACGACGUUACACGAAUCAAUGUCUAUAUUUAUGCCGGAAAGCCCAUUAGCAACACUGACAUUAUUGCUAUACAGAAGCAUUCGCCUUUUAACCUUCGACAAGGAGACAGUCAAACAACUAGAAAGUUUCCUUCGCCAAUGCCAGCGCAAAUAUAGUACGGAUAGCAACGGAUUUCCUUGGGAUUUGUCGCCAAAAUCAUUACAAAAAAUAUCAGUGGACUUAAUUAAAGUGGCGUUGAGUCACAAUUUCGAUAGUGCCUAUCAUCAGAAAGAGUUCCUAAAAUGUUUAGCGGAAGUUGAUUUUGGAAAGGGUUUUGUCGCUGGGUGCCCUGAUUUCUCUGUAUUAUAUGAUAUAGUAAAUAUUUCAAUGGAAACACCAAACGUUAUAAAUGUAUCGAAACUUCUCGAAGACGAGUCCGGCACAUACGUAUUGGAGUGCAUUGAUUUGUACAAGAAUAACGCUAACUACGAUGUUGCGAUAAGAAUAGCCAAGCUAUCAGGUUUGCCAGUUGAUGAAAUUUUGAUCACGGAGUGGAGUCGCAAAGCCGAAACAUUAUUUGAUGAAACUGAUGAUGAGAAACAAUUGACUGACGUAGAUAUUGUUAAAUUUAUAGCUGAAUGUAGUGAGGUUUUUAAAAAUGCAGGAGUUACUACCAAAGAAGCUACAGCAUUCCUAAAGAAAUUACCGUCUAAAUUAUCUGAAAAUGAGCAGAAGUUUUACGCGUAUAGAAUCAUUAUGAGUUGGUUCGACGAAGGUCACGAAUAUGGUGCUAUACGUGAAGAAACUGAACACAAUAUGUGGGAAGCGUAUUUUACAUGUGACAAUUUGGAGGUUUUUCUGGACAACUAUGAUAGUACGUUGCAUUUUUCUCUAAACGGACAGAAGACUGCAAGUGAAUCGAAGAAAUUAGGGAUGAUAAGCUGCGAAAGACCAUUCGCAAUGACUUUGCAUGAAAUUGAAGUUGAAUCAGAUGUAGGUAAUAUUGAAAAUGCUGUGAUUCUAGACGAUGAAGACGUCCCAGUUUGGAGAAGAACUGUAAAUAGGUUAUUAGAAUUGAGACUUGUGGUGGAAGCGUUUCGAUUGGCUAAGCUUUAUAAGAUAUCUGAUGAGUAUUUGUGUAGAACCCCAUGUCCUGUGGAAGUGACGAGGACUUGUCUGCGGCUGGCCGAGGGUACUUGCUCUCCAUAUGAGCUGCCGCAAGAAUUACGACUGAUGAUAUCAUCUCCAACUUUGCAAAAUAAACUGUCAGUUUCAGAAACUUCAGUGGCUAGCUUCGAGGAGCUGGUAGUGAUUCAGGAGCGACAAGAUGAAGGGUCACAUCUGGCCGCGCGCGAGGAUGCUGACCGCCUCACUACCCUUGAUGCACUCAGUGUGAAAACUGGACUCGCUAUUGUUAAACAGGUGGCGAAUUACUACAGAAUAGCCCUACAAAUAGGCUGGGACUACAUGUCCGUAUUAAAGUAUCAAAAUCGUGCUUUGGACUUCAUAAGCCUAGUGAGCGGGAAAUCUCGGAUGUCGUUGGCGAAUCUGGUUUUCAGAACAUUUAACAUACCAAGUAAACAGAUUGCAGACUAUUUAUGCCGAGAAAUGGUAUCGGCUAUAAUAUCCCCACAUUUGGUUAAAACGUCAACUUUUAGGCAAAAAGAGCACUUUCAAUACACGUUAUGGGGCUACGUUCUGGACUCGGACAUUGAAAUGUUCCUCAACAUGCGGCCAGAUGCCUGCAGCCACAUCGGCCGACUAAUCCUGGACCAUUUGAUAGCUUUCCAAAAGAUCUACAAAGCCACGGCUGUUAUAAAGAUACCGGAGAAUAUAAUGGACGAUAGUUGCUUUGAUGUUGAGACAUUGAUUGAUGAAGAGUAUCAGAACUUGGACGGGGAGGAAAUUGAAUCCAUUCUGACAGAGGAAGGCACUCUGAAUUCAGCCGAAACUGAAUCUAUGUAUUCCGUUUCGACUGUGUACACCGCGGGAAAAAUGUCGAGAGAGACGAGGAGGAAUCUGUUUGAUGUUAUAUCUAAAAGUAAUGUUCAUAUUCGCAACGAGGUGAAGACAAACAUAAGGAAGAUAACUAAAGGGGCGAAGUUGUCUACGAAACAGGUGAACACGAUAUCAAUAGAGCUAUUGGUGCUCGCCCACGAAUGUUUCUCGUGCGCGUGCGACACAGAGGGCGUGGCGGUCGUGUUGCGGUCUGCGCAGGCGCUGGCCGGCAGGUUGCUCACGGCCAAGUCCUGGAGACUCAUGGUGCGACUGCUGACCGGCCUGGCACGGUACACCGAGUGCGGGUACAUCCUGCAGGCCCUGCGCGAAAACCAUCAAUUUGAAUACUUGCUAGGUCAAUUCGAUUAUAUGAUUGGCCAUAAACAGAACAAAAUUGCAGAGUUUAAGCAUGGCUUGCUUGAUUUCCUUAAGAAGCACUGCCCUGGCGACACAGACACUUAUAUAAUGGUCGCACUGCAUUUCAACAUGUACGCAGAAGCGGCUAAUGUUAAAAAGAAGCAGGCGUUAGACUUGAUAAAUGAUCUUGAGAAAAUGGCGACAGAUGGCGUUAAAUCGACGUCGAAAAAGCCCGUGUGGCCUCAAAUACACGACAACGUUCCGACGAGAACUUUGCUCGAGACUGCUAUGAACCAUUGCUGUGACGCAGCAGAAUUGUAUCUACAGGGGGGGUGUAUGGGGAGUGCGGGGGACAUGGCAGCUCAGGCUCAACUCAUUGCUUUGCAAAUAUCGCUCUUAAACGCGUCGCCUACAAGACUCAUAUUAAAGAGGACUACGGAACAGAUGUAUACAUUGGUCAGCGAAUAUUUAAGUUUCAUGGAGGGUCUAGUGUUAAUGAGCAGCUCCGGUUCCAUGGACUCGUGGCAGGAGCUAUCGUAUCGCCGCUCGCUGACCAACGACCAGGCAUACCUGCGAGACAUGGCGGCCUGCCGACCAGACAUCGCGCACGACUUUCUAAAUAGAUAUAAAACAGAGUCGAAGAAGACACCGACAUCUCAACUGGCUAUGUCAGAGUUACACAGCCUCCUUAAAUGAAACAGAAUGUAAUCUUGAUAAAAUCGCGAUCUCAUACUAAUUCUCAUCGUUAUAUACUUAUUAUAUAUUAAGUAUAAUUAUAUUAUCAUGUGUAAAAACUCAUUGCCAAAAAUAUUAAACUUUAUAUUAUGCUUAACUUACUGUGAUAAUUAAACAUGUGAAUCGACUGAAAUUGAAUAUAUAUUUUUUGAUAUAAAAUGUUAUUGUAUCUAUAAAUGAUUGGAAGUAAAUGAAUGUAUUUAUGUUUA